AUGUUUGGUGGAGCCGAUAUUCCAGAAGAUAACGUAAUACCGGUAUGUUAUAAGUUUGACAACUCACAAGCACGCAGAAUCGGUGUAGCUCGAGCAGCCAGUGGUGUCUCAACAUUGAUCGUCUCACUAGUUGCUAUUGUCAUCAUACUCUCCAUGAAAGCCAUCAAGCAGUAUCCGCAACGCCUCUUCUUUUACUUGACUCUAGCAACUCUCAUACAAGCGCCUACGUUUACACUAGAAGUGUUAUCUGUUAGCUACAACAGAAGCGAAUCUGAGCAGCCCCUGUGUAGCAUAGCUGGCGUAUACACAAUGUACACAAGCUGGUUACAGAAUCUCAUAAUAUUGUGGAUAUCGUUAUACCUAGUGAGAGUCAUCGUACUACGUUUAACCGUCUAUAACAAGAAGCUAGAGGUUUUCCUUCUAAUACUAUUCCUUGUUUUGCCUAUCCCUGGGGCACUGAUACCGCUCAUUAAGAACAAGUACGGUAUGGUGGGAGCUUGGUGCUGGAUAAAGGACUUCAAUUCGACUGAUUGUGUACGUCACGAUAACCUAGGAAUAGCGUACCAGUACACUCUUUGGUUUAUACCAGUAAUGCUAGAAGUAGUCAUAAUUGCUAUUGUGACUGUAUUGAUAGGAGCUGUGUUAUGCGUUCGUGGAUUCAUCGCUAAGAA